AUGAAGAUGAAGCUUGAGUGGCGGAGCGUAUUUCUGAUACUCACAGGUCAGAGUUCUUUCUUUAUUCUUUCUCUUUUUCUGUGAACCACUACCACACCCUUAUAGAUUUAUUACUAAGGUUAAUCAUCAAUCCAGCACUUGGCUGCUUAACCGGAAACAGACCUUUUGGUUUAAUUUUCCAUCUAAGUUCCCCAAAGAAAGUUGUACUGUGUAUUCUAAAAGUAUUUCAUGCUAAACUAACAACAAUAUUACAAGUUUGGCCUAAAAAUAUAUUGAUUAUUAAUCAUAGUUCUUUCUUUUUAUUAUAGUGCUUUCCAGCUGCAGUGGUAUCCAGGUUUCCAUUGAAAAAGAAGACUAUGAGGUUGCAAGAGAUGGUGAUAUUACUCUGACAUGUAUGUUUGUCCCAGCCAGACCGGAAUUCAAUACACUUAUUCUCACAUGGGAAGCUCAGCCUGACAAUCCUGAAGAGCCAAUGGUAAGAGGUUAAACUGGCUGCAGUUUACAUCAAAAGGUCUCAUAUUAAAUACAGAUAAGUGGGAUAAACUAUAUAAAAAAGAUCUUCUGUCUUCAGUGUUUGACCCCGCUAAAAAAUACUCCGUCAGUCAAAACAUGUCAUUGUAUUUCCCAGUAUGUUAAUUUUCAGUCCCAUUCUUCUCAGACAAUGUAACACAGCAAGCGUUAAAGGCAUUAUUUGGGACCAGAAACAAAAGAUCCCUACACCAGGACCUGAUAAGAUUCGACUCUAGCCUGAUAAAGUCUGCCCACUAUUGUGUUUUUAAUUGAUCUACACUGGUUCUAGACUCAAAUCAGAAACUUUUAAGUUUUCAGUAUUGACUACACUAGGAUUCAUUGUAAUGGAUACUGUUACCCAUGAGGAAGGAGUCCUGUGCUUUGACUUAAUAUGAUAGUAGAAAUGUUUCAGUCUUGGCGCUCUUUCUUUCUUUGUGCUGAGCUUGAUGACCUUUGUUCAGCUGAUAGUAAGAUUGCAGAUAACCAACUGUUACACUUAUCAAAAGAAAAUGAAACUACAAAGUUGUUUUAAGACCGAAAAUAUAGUUGAAGGGUGUAACUACAGACUAUUGAUAGUAUUAUUUAAUCUUUAGUUUAUCUUUUCCCUCUUGUUCUAUACGAUGCAGUAGUAGAGAAAAGCUGGUGUAAAAAAAAAGAGACAAGACUUGGGUAUCUAUCCUGAAGUCUGUUUUGUAUAGAAAUAUCCUGAUUAAUUUUACAUCACUAUUACACUCAAACUCUUUCAAUAUGGCAGUAAAAAGUUUUGGAUUUUCCUCUUGAUAAAUGACAGAAAAGGCUGUGAUUGUGGUCAGUUAGGCUGUUGGUCUAUCUGACGGUGACACAAUUCUUUAAUCAGAACUUUUAGCCAUACUGAGAUAACACUACACCCGCUGGCUACUGUAUUAGGUACACCCGUUUAAUUGCUUGUUAACACAAAUAGCUAAUCAGUCAAUCACAUGGCAGCAAUUGAAUGCAUUUAGGCCUGUAGAUAUGGUCAAGACGACUUGCUGGAGUUUAAACCCAGCAUCAGAAUGACGAAGAAAGGGGAUUUAAGUGGCUGAACUUGGCACUUUAGACACUGCUGAUCUACAGAGAUUUUCAAGCUGAGGUUUACAGAGAAUUGUACAAAAAGACAAAAUAUCCAGUAUACAGCAGUUGUAUGGACGAAAAUGCCUUGAUGAUAUUAAAAGCCAGAGGAGAAUAGGCAGACUGGUUUGAGAUGAAAGAAAGGUAACAGUAAGUCAAAUAGCUUCUCUAUUGUGCAAUUUUGAUGACCCUGUGUGAAUUGUAGCCUCAGUUUCUUGUUUGUAGCUGACAGGAGUUGUACCUAGUGUGGUCUUCUGCUGCUGUAGCCCAUCUGCUUCAAGGUUCAAUAUGUUGUGCAUUCAGAGAUGGUACUCUGCAUACCUUCACCAUACCUUGGCUGUAAUUGCUGCCUGGUCUGAUGAGUCUCGAUUUCAGUUGCGUCAUUAAGGUGGUAGGGUUAGAAUUUGGUGUAAACAGUGCAAAAGCAUGGAUUCAUCUUGCCUUGUACUAAUGGUUCAGGCUGCUGCUGGUGUAAUGGUGUGGGGGAUAUCUUCUCCUUAGUACCAAUUGAGCAUUGCCAAAAUGCUACAGCCUACCUGGGUAUUGUUGCUGACCACAUUGUACCCAUCUUCUGACUAAUAGCAGCAAGAUAAUGCACCAUGUCACAACGGGUAAAUCACUUCAAACUAGUUUCUUGAACAUAACAUUGAGUUCACUGUACUCCAGUGGCCUCUAGAGUUACCAGAUCUCAAUUCAAUGGAGCACCUUUGGGACGUGUUCUCAUCGUGGAUGUGCAGCCGACAAAUCUGCAGCACCUGCAUGAUGCUUUCAUGUUAAUAUGGACAAAAAUGUCUUAAGAAUGUUUAUAAUACUUGGAGACAGCAUGACAUGAACAAUUAAAGCAGUUUUGAAGGCAAAAGGGGUCUUUGUAUAUCAAAAUAGUAAUACCAGAGAGAAAUGUCUUGUGUUAUUGUUCAUCAUAACUAUUCUGUACUACAAUCAGCUGGCAAUUUUAUUUCAUGUUAUUAUUAAAUUGUAUUAAAAACAUAUUUUCUAAUAAAAUAUAACGGUUUUUAUUUUCCAGAAAACAGUUGCAACCUACUUUACAAACAAUCCCAUUGACAUAGCACCUGCAUAUGAAGGCAGAGCCUUUAUGGAAGUUGACCUUGAUGGCAGAGUGAGCACUCUGAAGUUGACAAAGGUGACCAUGCAAGACAGCCGACAAUUUCAAUGCAGUGUCAGGAUCCCCAAUGAUGAUGAGGGGAAACCAGCUGCCACAACUUCACUUUUGGUCCUUGGUAAGACUUAGCUGCAAAUGUGAAUUUAUAUGUGUCGAAUUGUUCCCAUAUGUUUAAUGACGUCUGCUGCAAUGAAGGGAAUUUUAAUGUGAAAUUCUCAUUUUCUUUCAGUACCUCCUUCUCCGCCAAUUUGUCAGGUCCAGGGAACAGCAGAGUAUGGGUAUAACAUCAGUCUUACCUGUGUGUCUAAGGAGGGGUCCCCACAACCUUCCUAUGGAUGGAAGAGCUACAGUGUCCAAAACAUUCCAAGACCAUUUCCCCCUAAAACAACUGAAAGUAUGCAUCAUUCAUUUGUUACUUCAAAGCCUCUUCUUUUGGUUUGCAGCCAGAUAUGUCAUUUAAUAUAAUCUGUGCUGAUGUAAAAAUUCCAAAGUCAUCGUCCCAUUCUUUUGAAAAUGUGCUCUUAUUUUUGUGAUUAUGUUGCAGAGGAUGGAGCUUUGUCCCUCUUCAACAUUUCAAAGGAAAUGUCAGGGUUCUACAUUUGCGAAUCAACUAAUCGAAUCGGCUCUGCCAGCUGCAACUUAACCUUGAGUGUGUUGCCAGGUGAGUCUUUUCAAUGAUUUACUUGCUCAGGUGUUUGUGAUAAACCCUCAGUGAAUUAUAUGUUUUGCAGUUCUGGGUAAGACCUCUUGGUAAAAGUAAAAGUACACAAAUCUGAAUUUGUCCUUUGGAUUUGGUAGAGAUCUAAAAAAAACAAGUGGCCAUUGGACUAACUUUUCAAGGUGGCUAAGACACGCUUUAAUGUUACUUUCUGUCUGCUUGGUGCGUUAAAAGGCAAAAAUUAGUUUGUUCAAAAGUCCUGAAAAGUGAUCAGCAAUUUAAUAAUUGUUUUCCCCAUUUGUGAAAAAGUGGUACACACACGGGUGCAGAGGUGUAGGUGAGACUGAGCUACGAUUGGCCAGACAUCGGUUUGUCCUGGUUACAAAAAAAACCUUCUGGCACAAGUUGAAGUAAAAGAUAUCAGUUUGAGAAUAUAAAAAUGAUAAAUAAUCUGCUUUACAAAAUUGCUGGUUUAAGAACUCACGGGGAUGAUAAGUAGCUCGCUCGCCAGCUAUAGUUGGCUCAUAUUGAGUGAUGUGUGCCUGAUUAGAACUUCAUGUUUUUUCACCUUAGUGAAAUCAAGGAUCCAUUGAGCGUAAACAUUAUGGGUCAUGAGAACAAAAUGAAAACAGAGAGGAGCUCAAAAGUUCAUUGACUGUCACCUGAAAAACUCAAUCAGAGGAUUUGCUGCCAUAGUUCUGUUGACCUCUACUGACCAUGGUGUAGUUUUUGUUCCUUCAGCUUCUUAAAUUUUGAUAAUGGCAAGAGAUGAAUUUGUCCAACAAACACGAAGCAUCUCAUGUUGAUAAUAAUAACGUGAUCUGUCUCAUCACAAACAAAAUUUCCUGAUGAAAUAAGAACAGUAGUUCAAAUAAUUCAGGAAAAACUCCAAAAUAUUCAAAAUGGCAAAUGAUGCUUUAAAUGUUCUCUUUCCGUCUUAGGCAGCAUGAAUAUUGGCUCUACUGCAGUCAUAAUUGGAGGGGUCUUGGCAGGCGUUGUGGUUCUGGGGAUUGUCAUUUUCUGCUGUUGCAGGAAAAAAGGCAAAAACGACGAGAACGCUGAAGGGUAUGUAUAAUACGUCCUGAAAACUUUUACCAGUGUUAUCCAUCACUAAGAAAGAUUUUUGAUGAUUCUGAUCUAAGUCUUCUUUUAAUCCAGUCACCAACUCUCCUCACUUUUCAUUGUUUUUUGUUUGCUUUUUGUUUAAGACCUCCUGAAGAUGUGGCGUAUUAUGACAAAGAUGCUCCUGAGACCGAGGAGUUCGUGGAUGACAAGACAAACACCAAGUCUAAGCAGCAGUACAAGGAUGAAGAGAAAGAUGUUGUACCUAAAAGCAAUUACAGCCUGGGAGUUGCUGGGCAGAAGCUGGAGGAUGAUCAGCACAGCAAUUAUAGCGGUAAAAGAAAAAAUGAUGGCAAGGACAAUGAUGUUGACUCUCGACGUUAUCAGGAUGACCCGCGUGAUCAGUAUAGAGGCAGUAGGGAUAGACUCGACGAUCAACGAGAUAGGUACAGAGGCAGCCACGAUCGCCUCGACGAUCGUGAUCAUUACAGAGGUAGCCGCGAUCGCCUCGACGAUCGUGAUCAUAACAGAGGUAGCCGCGAUCGCCUCGAUGAUCGUGAUCAUUACAGAGGCAGUCGCGAUCGUCUCGAUGAUCGCGAUAAUUACAGAGGCAGUCGUGAUCGCCUCGACGAUCAGCGUGAUCAUUACAGAGGCAGUCGCGAUCGUCUCGAUGAUCGUGAUAAUUACAGAGGCAGUCGUGAUCGUCUCGAUGACCAACGGGAUCGAAUCGGAGGCAGUCGUGAUCAUCUGCAGUACAUUGAUGAUGGAUACUGACAUGGUUAAGAAUACCUUGUGUUACUGAAAGUGUUUUAACUGCUCUCUAAAUACAUGUUUUCCUUUUUUCAUACGGUUUCUAUAAAAAAAUUUGAGGUACACAAAGGAAAAUCUGAG